AUGGACGUUCAAACUAAAUACGGAGCUGGUCAAAAUAAAGUAUUAGGUGGUGCCAAUCAAAAAAAGAUUGUUGAAUCUGAAGAAGAUAUUGCUCUCCCAGAAUUAAAUCCAUCAGUACCACAAGCAAUUCAAAGAGCCAGAAAUGCUUUGAAAAUGACACAAAAAGAAUUAGCAUUUAAAAUUAAUGAAAGACCAGGUGUAAUCAAUGAAUAUGAAAGUGGUUCUGCCAUCCCAAGUCAAGCUGUUCUUUCAAAAUUAGAGAAGGCUUUGAAUGUUAAAUUAAGAGGAAAAGAAAUUGGCAAACCACUCAAAUAA